ACCAGCGAAGAACAAAGUGUGUGUGUGUGUGGGUGUGUGUGUGUGUGCUGGGUGCUGGGUGCUGCUUGCAAGGUGACAGGUGGCAGGAAAGAACUUGAGACGGGGAUCGUCUAUCAGCCAUCAUCAUGAGGUGGAUGUCACAGCGGUGGGCACCACUUGUGCUGGGGUGGCUGAUCGCAGUGACGAGCCUGAUGCUGCUGGCGCAGGUGUUCACCACCAGCGACCUGUCCAGUGUGGAGCGACAACGGCUACGCACGCCUCGCCAGGUCCCCUCCGAUGCCAAUCACGCUCACGCACACGAAAACCGACACGGCCAGGCCGGCCUGUCUCAACGGCAGGGAUCGCGUGGGAAUGUGGACGGCCUACAACAUAGGGCGCAGCUUCUGGGAGAAGAAGACGACGACGACGACAUCGACGACUUUAAGCCUCAACAACAAGCAUGGAAGAAACAAGCGCCGCGUACUGACCCUGGGGCGGCCAAUCCAGACGAUGAUGCCGUGUCCUCCACAUCAACAACGGCGGGCACAUCAUCUGUUGCACAGCCGGUGCUCCGGCACCAGCGUCCGCCGCCUGACACGGACGACGAUGACGAUGCUGCUGGCAAUACGAAAGCGCAGGACAGCGCAGGGGAUGGAGAUGGUGGUGGUGGUGGCAAGCCAGACGGCUUGGAUCGGCCCGGUGUGCGUGCUGCAGGCCACAACACAGACAUUGAUGACGAUGCCGUUGGUGAUGACGCCACAAAGGUUUCAGAACGUAUGCGUAGGCAUCGGCAGCAGAGGCACGGGCGGCUCAUCGAUGACGAUGACGACCUCGUUGAAAAGCAGCCGGUCAAGAAGGCAGCAGGGCCAAACGGCCCAGGAGAAAGGCGGAAAGACGCGCAGUUUGCACAACACCCAGAGGCACCCGUCGACAAGCCACACCGGCAACAGGAGCAGCAGCUUAAGCAACAAGAGCAACAGGAACAGGAACAGGAGCAGGUGACACCGUGGUCCCAGCGCGAAGAGUUUCAGAGGUUGGCACGGGCAAGACAGAUUGCCGGCCAGGAGGGCGCGGCACAAGGUGGUGGCGGUGGCGGCGGCGGCGGUGGUGAUGGUGGUGGGAAACGGAAGGCAGCAGCACCCAAGAAGACACCCCCACCACUGCCCAAGGUGCGUCCCCUUGAUAUCAGCAGAGGCGAUGAAGCAGGGUUGACGUGGUCGCUGCAGUGGCAGCAGGAGGUGCGGCCGCUUCAGUCCUCAGCUGCACUCUUGACAAAUGCAAGCAGCAACAGUAUGGCGACGACAGACACCACGGUGGAAAAGAUGCAAGCACGUGUGGACUUCUCUGAUAUGACGCGUGGUUGGCAUCCCAAGAACCUCAACCCCGACACCGCCCCCGUUUCACGUGCCAAGCCGCUAGAAGUGAUUCUCAUGCCCCACACGCACGUCGACCCAGGUUGGAUUCGCACAUUUGAUGACUACUACCAGAAGCAGACAAAGGCCAUCCUGGACACGGUGACGGAUUUCUUGGCCGCUCGUCCAUUUCGCAAGUUUAUUUGGGCAGAGAUCAGUUUUCUGCAGGCCUGGUGGCAUGAUGCAACACCUGACCGCCGGCGAACCUUCAGGAACCUCGUGCGGCGUGGACAGAUGGAGAUUGUCACAGGAGGGUGGGUGAUGACGGAGGAGGCGUGCUCGCACUAUUUCUCAAUGGUGGAUCAACUCAUUGAGGGCCAGAUCUGGGUCAACGAAACAUUUGGCGUCGUGCCUGCGACUGGCUGGUCAGUUGAUCCGUUUGGACACACGCCCACCAUGGCGUUUAUCAACAGCAAGGCCGGAUUGAAGGGCAUGGUGAUUGAUCGCAUUCACUGGCGUCUAAAGCAGCAGAUGCAACAGCGCAACGAACUCGUCUUCCGGUGGCAGCAAGAUUGGGAUACAACGGCAAACACGGCUGUGCUGACACACACGCUUCCAUUCUACCUGUAUGACGUUCACUACACGUGCGGCCCCGACUAUGCCGUGUGCUGCCAGCUCGACUUUGGGUUGGCGUAUUUCAAGAAGAAGCUGACACCGCAGUGCGCCGAGUUUGGUGCAAAGACAACGGUUCGCCCGAUCAUCCCCGGGUAUGAACAGAACGCGGCGCUGCAACUCAUCGAACAGUACAGAAAACAAGCGCUGCUGUUCAAGAACAACGUUGUGCUGCACCCGAUUGGCGGUGAUUUCCGCUACACGUCGCACCAGGAGAUUGCAGCCCAGCUCGACAGCUACACACGCAUCAUGAAAUACAUCAACUCACAGCCGGAAUUGAAUGUCAACGUUCGCUUUGGCACCCUUCGUGACUAUUUCAACGCCAUCGAAGACAAGGCGACACCAACAACUUACCCAACGCUGACUGGGCACUUCAUGCCUUACAGCGAUCGCCGCGACCACUACUGGACAGGGUUUUACACGACGCGCACAUACCUCAAGCGCCUGUCUCGGGAGCUGGAAAGGAUUCUGAAGAGCACGGAAGUGCUGCACGCGCUUGCACUUGCAAAGCUGCAUUAUCCACCGCACGCGUGUGAUGACUGCGGACAAUUUCUCACACGCGCCCGGCGGGAGCUUGGCAUCUUGCAGCACCACGAUGCCAUCACUGGAACGGCGAAGAUCAAAGUGGUCAACGACUACGUUCGGCGUCUCAAGAUUGCUGUCAAUGGGCUGCUGGAUGUUGCGUCGAGCAGCCUGGCGUCACUUGUUGGAUUGGCAGCAGUGGAUGUGACGUCUGUGCAGCGCAUGCUUGAUCUCGCGUAUGCCAUCACAGAUGAUGUACUCGCACCAGACGCGAGCUCUGUGCUGUCCAUUCCCAACACGAGUUUGCAGCCGUUUUCGGGGCCCCUCCGCAUCUUCGUCAGCUCUCCCCACGUUCAACUCAAAUCACAGGAUGAUAUCCCGGUUCCGCAGCAGCUAAUGCCUGUGUUUGACAGCGACGGUCUUCCAGUGAAGGAUAUUUUUGCCCUCUGGUUCACUGUCACCGUCGCGCCACUGUCCGUGGUCUCUCUUCAGCUCCACGCCACACCGACAGCGCAGCAGCCACCAGUGCCAACAAUCCAAAUUGCUCACCGCGACGGGGCAAAACCAUCCGCCAGGCUUGCGGAGGAGCAGGGUUUGGGCACUUUCAGCGUUGAAGCGUUUGACCCACAGGACGACGUUGUAGUUCGUUCUGGCGACGUUGAAGUGUCGUGUGACGCGCAAACCGGGUAUCUCAAGUCCAUCACAGCUGGUGGAAACACCGUACACGCUGGCAUUUCGUUUGAUAUCUACACUUCCAGGACCGGCAAGGACGAUCACAGCGGCGCAUAUCUGUUCAUGCCAGACGGGCCUGCAAAGCCUUAUCAGACCUUCAAUGGCACUGUUAUCCACGUGAUCAAGGGCCCAUUUGUGUCAGAGGUACAAGUCCAAACCACGCAUUUCCGCCACACCCUUCGUCUCUUCAACCAGGAUGUUGGGUUUGGACCCGCUGUUGAAAUUGAAAACACGAUUGACAUGUCAGUGAAGCAUGAAACGACCGUGCGGCGAAGGGUGAAGCGUGCGGUCAAGGCAGAGGAAGGAAAGGCACCACCAAAGAAAAAGUUUGAGUUUGUGGAGAAAACAUCCACUGUCAUGAAGGCCUAUCUCCAGGAAGCCGAUCUCGUGAUGAGAGUCAAGACCGACAUCGCCGCGGGCACCGACGCGUUCUUUGAUCUCAACGGCUUCCAAGUGACUCGAAAAGUGCGACGGGAGGAUGUGGGCAUCAACGGGCAGUACAUGCCAGCAACACUGCUUGCGUUCGUGCAAGACAGCACCCGCCGUCUGACUCUGCACACAAACACGGCACUUGGCAUGGCCUCGCUCGCAGAGGGACAACUGGAGGCGAUGGUUGGCCGGACACACUCGCGCGAUGACAACCUUGGUCUUGGGGAAGGCAUUGCUGCGGACCACAUCACAACAUCCAAAUUUGUGCUGCAUCUGGAAGCCAUCCGCCCUUCGUCCAGCGCUGUGCAAAGGGAUCACGUGCCCUCGCCGUCCCUGCAGGCACACACCAUAUCAGAUAGGCUCAACUUUGCUCCGAUGCUGUGUGUGCUGAAGCAGCAGCACGAGGAGCAGCAGCACCAAGCGCAGUUGUCGCCAGUGGCUUUGCCCGCCAUGUCCCCCGAUAUGCACCUGGUUCAGCUUCGGUCCAUCGUUGGGGCUCACCCGCCACACGCCAGCCGCUCUCGCACGCUUCUUGUGUUGCACCGCCGUCGCAUCGCGUGCUUGCAGGCACGCUCCUGUUUGGGCAACACAGAUGCUGGCACACCAGCGGAUUUGGAGGUUGAUCUCUCGCCGUUUCUUGGAAUGUUUUCUGCGUCAUCGUUCGAGGAAACAUCCCUGACUGGCGUCAUGCCACGCGAGCGGAGCAGCGAUAGCGCCAAUCGCAUCCAGCUGCCGCAGAUGGACAUGGCGUCUAUUGUCGUCCAUAGUCACGACCAGCGGUGAACACUCGACUGGUGAGCGCGCGCGCGUGUGUGCGCUUGUUAUGUUGUUGUGCUGCCAAUUGUUGAUGGGUAGCUGAUGAUGUGAGAUAAUGUUACAUUCCGCAUUGCAUGCAAGCAAUCGUGGGCGAAGAACGCAAUUCGCGUCAUCAUGUACCACGUGGAUGUGACGUUAUUCGAUCGAGGUGUUGUGUUGUGCGUGUUACUUUACUACGUUAGCCAUAUCGAAUACAGAUAGACAGUGAACAAGCGAG